AGCAAUGUUAUGUAUUCAUAGUUAACCCCAUGUCAAAUUGAUAUUUCUGUGUGUUCUUAACAUUUCAGUGUAUAGGUCACGGAACCAAAAGAAGUGUCAUAAUGCCUACCCAGGAUGAAAGCCACAAGUCAAAUUUGACGAAUCCACAUGGACUAGGUGAUCCAGACGACCGACGUUUAAGAAUAGUUGAAAAAGAAGUACUUAUACCGAAAAUUAUGCGUGAUAGAGCCAAAAAAGAAAAAUGUGUAGCUGAAGUUGCAGAAUUCACGAAAUGUUGUGCAGCUAGUAGUUUGCUUAUGGCGUAUACAUGUCGGAAAGAAAAUGCCCUCAUGCAAGAAUGCCAGUCUAGAUGGUAUAAAGAUGAAGGCUUCAAGAAAGAAUGUGAAGACAUCUACUUUAAAGAAAGGAGGGAGUUCAGACUCACAGGAAUUCCCAAGAAACAUCGCCUUAAAGAACCUGGUAAUGAAACUAUUGGUGGCAAGUCAACUGUUGAUUGAAGUUAUAUUGUUUUCACACUGCUUUAAUCAGCUUGAAAAGUGAGACCACAAAUUAUGAUGUAGAAUAAAUUGUAUUGAUAACUCUGA